AUGACAUCCGAAAAAUAUAAAGAACUUCUCGGAGUACUCCCGCAAAAAGACAUUGAGUAUGCCUUCGCGUACGGGUCGGGGGCUCUUCAGCAAAGGGAUGAGAGCAUCGAGGAGAAAAUGGUGGACUUCGUUGUCGUGACGCGCAACCCCAUCAGUUUCCACGAGGAGAACCUCAUCAAAAAUCCGUCCCACUACAGUUUUCUACGGUUAUUAGUUAUGAAUCGGUUUUUAAAAUAUCAGCCUUUUUACAGGAUUCUAGGUCCGAAGAUGAUCACGCGGUUCCAGUGCAAUCUUGGCGCUCGUGUCUAUUAUAACACUCAGGUCCAGGCCCAUGGUAGAAAGAUCAAAUAUGGCGUAAUCUCGUACGACAACAUGAAGCAAGACUUACUCGACUGGCGGUGGAUCUACGUGGCCGGGAGGCUUCAUAAACCAGUCCUGGAAGUUGGUGCGAACUUAUGAUACUUUAUUGAUUUCUUUUUUAACUUCAAGUUGAACCAUAGGCUUGACAAACAUCUUGAACGCCGUAGAAAAUUAAAAUAUAGACCGGAAUUUUUUCAGGUAGUGCAACCUAGCGAAGACGUUGAAAACUUGGUUCUGGAGAAUCGGAGGAGCGCCUUGCACGCAGCUCUGCUCCUCCUUCCUGACUCUUUCUCUUUGAAGGAACUUUUCAACAAAAUAGUUUCGCUUUCCUAUGUCGGAGACUUCCGGAUGAUUGUUGGAGAAGACAAAAACAAGGUAUUCACAUUUUCACUUCUUUUCUCAUUUAUUCUUUCCAGGUCGCCAAAAUUGUAGACGGCAGCUUUCCGCAACUUUUUCAAACUUACGAACCAUUGAUGAACGACGAUGCGCGUCUUUCUUUUUCGUCCGUCACUGAAAAGGUGCGAUAUUCAUAUCCUGAAAGUUUUUGCCGCCUAACAAAAAAGAGGUGUUUCUUUUUUGAAGAUAUUGUUUUUGGAAUUUCAUACUGGUUUUGGGCAUUUGAUGAAGCUUUUCAGAAGAGAUAAGAGUCUGAGCGAAACAUUCAGACCUGGUCAAAACUUCUUUGGUAGAAUAUUGUAGGUAUCGAAAACAAAAAUAUUUAUCUGAUAAGAGCUUUAAGGUACGGAUAAAAUGCCAGUGUAAAAUAGUCAGGUAAUCUUUAGAACUGCUUUUUCAGAGUGUUUUCGAUUGAGAAACGUUUUUUUUCUCGUCUUGCUUCUUAGAAAGCUGAUUCAAGUCUAAUAUUUCUUUAUUUUUGCUAUCGAUUAUUUGUUUCAAGUUGGUUAAUUUGUUUCAUCACAAUUUCAUGCGUACUAUGCGAGAAAAAUUUUUUUUUCCAUUUGAGAAAAAGUUGUUUGCCUAUCAAACAUUACAGUAUUAAUGUUUAAAAAAAGGUCUGAAUUUCUGGUACCGAAUGAAAAGUUGAAAAAGUUUUCAAAAAGCUUUUCGACAGGUGAUGCAAGACGCCUCAACGGCGGCCGUCUAUCAUCGGCUGAAUCUGUUGCCGUCGGAAGUGGUAAAUCGUCUGCAGAAAAGCUGGAACAAGAAGCACAACCGACAGCGUGACACGGAGGAAGUAUGAGAAAGAGAAAGGAUUGAGCCUUCAGAACAAGGUCUUCAGGUUCUUUUCUCUUUAUCCCACCGGCACGACGUCGGCGUCACGUUGGAAACUGCAAUUUCCUCGAUAAUACGGCCCUCUUCCUUGUCACAAACGGCAAAGAACGCCGUUUCAGCUGGUCUCGUGAAAAGCAUUAUUUACAGUUCAGCGAAAAUGCUCAAAAUGUUCAAAAGCAAGUAA